CCUCCUCACCGAGCGUCAGUGAGGAGACGAUCUCUGCGGGGAUCGUCGUGUUCCAGCGGAGCCCGAAGAACCGGAGAACCGGACCAGCGCAGCGGCACGAUGGGCAAAAAACAGAAGAAAUCCGGGGAGGACAGCUCCAGGGAUGACGGCGGCAUCGACAUCGACGCUCUGGCGGCGGAGAUCGAAGGAGCCGGAGUGUCUAAGGAGCCCAAAGGGAAGAAGAAGAAGAAAGGAGCCAAGAAGGACGACUUCGAUGAAGACGACAUCCAGAAGGAGCUGGAGGAGCUCAGUCUGGAGGCUCAGGGAGGAAAGGCCAAGAAAAGCGACACCACAGAAGAAGUGGAGAGCGUGGAGCCUCCAAGACCAGAGAAGAAGAAGACCAGGAAGGGGAAGAAGGGCGGAGCCAGUCCUGAGGAUGAGGAGGACGAAGGGGAAGGACAGCUGGACGGAGAGGACAAGAAAACGGCUCCUGCUGCUCCUCCCUCUGACUCCGACGAUGACAGCAGCUCUCGAUCUCGCCUCAAAGCCAAAGGAGGGAAGAAAGGAGGCAGGAACGCGUCAGCGUCGGACGAAGACGAAGACAAAGACGAGGACAGCGGGGUGAGGAGAGGAGGACCGAAGGAGGACGAGUCCGAGGACGACGAGGAGUUCCCCUCCAGACGGGACAAGAAGAAGAAGAACAAGGCGAAGGCGGCCAGCGAGGACGAGGACGAGCAGCAGGACGAGGAGUCGGGAGGCUUCAAGAUGAAGACAGCGGCGCAGAAGAAGGCGGAGAAGAAGGAGAGGGAGCGCAAGAAGAAGGAGGAGGAGAGGAUGAAGCAGAAGAAGCUGAAGGAGAAGGAGAGCAGCCAAGACUCCAAGAAAGAACUGGAGAAGAGCGCAGAGGCCAUGCCCCCUCCUACAGCCCCGCCCACUGCAGCCAUAGAGGAAAUAGAGGGGGCGGAGCCAGCAGCUGACGAGGAGGCUGAAGGCGACAAGAAGAAAAAGGACAAGAAGAAGAAGAAGGGAGAGAAGGAGGAGAAGGAGAAGAAGAAGGGACCCAGCAAGGCCACGGUGAAGGCCAUGCAGGAGGCUCUGGCCAAGAUGAAGGAGGAGGAGGAGCGAGCCAAACGGGAGGAGGAGGAGCGUCAGAGGAGGCUGGAGGAGCUGGAGAAGCAGCGGCAGGAGCAGGAACGUCUGGAACAGGAACGCAAGGAGAAGAAGAAGCAGAAGGAGAAGGAGAGGAAGGAGAGGCUGAAGAAGGAGGGCAAGCUGCUGACCAAAACCCAAAGAGAAGCUCGAGCUCGGGCCGAGGCCACGCUGAAGAUGCUGCAGGCUCAGGGUGUUGAAGUGCCAUCCAAAGACUCUGUGCCAAAGAAGAAACCCGUUUAUGGAGACAAGAGGAGGAAGAAGCCGAGCGCUCAGACUCCUGAAGAAACCUCGGAGGUGACCUCGCCGACCUCGGAGACGCCGGAUCUGGUUGCCGUGGAGACGGAGGAGGAGAUGCCUGCAGCAGAGCCAGAGGUGAAGCCGGACGCCGCCGUGGACGACUGGGAGGCCAUCGCCAGCGACGAGGAGAAAGAGCUGAAGAAAGUCCACAUCGAGGUGAAGGAGGAAAGCGCCGCUCUUCAAACUGCCGCCAGCGAGGAGGACGAGGAGGAGGAGGACGACGAAGAUGAUGAUGACGAGGAGGAAGACGAAGAGGAGGAGGAGGAGAGCGAGGAAGACGAGGAGAAGGAGAAGGUGGCGAUGAUGACGGGUCACGGGAAGAGAAGGACGGCCAGCGAAGACGAGAGCAGCGAGAGCGAAGACGACGAUGGCCGGACGAAGGAGGAGCGGCUCUACGACCGAGCCAAGAGGAGGAUCGAGAAACGACGAGCAGAGAACCUGAAGAACAUCGACACAGAAAGGCUGAGAGCUCCGGUGGUGUGUGUGCUCGGACACGUGGACACGGGGAAGACCAAGAUCCUUGACAAGCUGCGACACACCCACGUGCAGGACGGCGAGGCCGGAGGAAUCACGCAGCAGAUCGGAGCGACCAACGUUCCCAAGGAGACUAUCGAGGAGCAAACCAAGAUGGUUAAAAACUUUGACAAGGACAACCUGAAGAUCCCAGGCAUGCUGAUCAUCGACACACCUGGACACGAGUCCUUCAGUAACCUGAGGAACAGAGGAAGUUCUCUCUGCGACAUCGCCGUCCUGGUGGUGGACAUCAUGCACGGCCUGGAGCUUCAAACACUCGAGUCCAUCAAUCUGCUGAAGGAGAAGAAAUGUCCGUUCAUCGUCGCCCUCAACAAGAUCGACCGUCUGUACGACUGGAAGAAGAGUCCAGAGACGGACAUUGUUGCGACGCUGAAGAAGCAGAAGAAGAACACGAAGGACGAGUUUGACGAGCGAGCCAAGGCCGUUAUCGUGGAGUUCGCUCAGCAGGGUCUGAACGCUGCCUUGUUCUAUGAGAACAAAGACCCCCGGACCUUUGUGUCGUUGGUUCCUACCUCAGCCCACAGUGGCGACGGUAUGGGGAACCUCAUCGCCCUGCUGGUGGAGCUCACCCAGACCAUGCUAGCUCGCAGGUUAGCACACUGCGAUGAGCUGCGGGCUCAGGUCAUGGAGGUGAAAGCUCUGCCUGGGAUGGGAACCACGAUAGACGUCAUCCUGAUCAACGGCCGCCUGAGGGAGGGCGAGACCAUCAUCGUCCCGGGCGUGGAGGGACCAAUCGUGACGCAGAUCAGAGGGUUGCUGCUGCCGCCGCCGCUCAAGGAGCUCCGAGUCAAGAGCCAGUACGAGAAGCACAAGGAGGUGUCAACGUCUCAGGGUGUGAAGAUCCUUGGUAAAGACCUGGAGAAGACGCUGGCAGGGCUCCCUCUGCUGGUGGCCCACAGGGAGGACGAGAUCCCCGUCCUCAGGGACGAACUGGAACGAGAACUCAAACAGACGCUGAGCUCCAUCAAGCUGGAGGAGAAAGGAGUUUACGUCCAGGCCUCGACGCUGGGAUCUCUGGAGGCUCUGUUGGAGUUCCUGAGGACGUCCAAAGUACCUUACGCUGGCAUCAACAUCGGUCCGGUCCAUAAGAAGGACGUGAUGAAGGCGUCGACCAUGUUGGAACACGACCUCCAGUACGCGGUGAUCCUGGCGUUUGACGUGAAGGUGGAGCGGGAGAGUCAGGAGAUGGCUGACAGCCUGGGAGUCCGAAUCUUCUCGGCUGAAAUCAUCUAUCACCUCUUCGACGCUUUCACCAAGUACAGGGAGGACUACAAGAAGGCCAAGCAGGACGAGUUCAAGCAUAUAGCUGUGUUCCCAGCGAAGCUGCGAGUCCUUCCCCAGUUCAUCUUUAACUCCAGAGAUCCCAUCGUGAUGGGUGUCACAGUGGAGGCAGGCAUCAUCAAACAGGGAACGCCGCUCUGCGUCCCCAGCAAAGGGUUUGUGGACAUUGGCGUGGUCACCGGCAUCGAGGUCAACCACAAAUCGGUGGAGUCGGCCAAGAAGGGUCAGGAGAUCUGCGUGAAGAUCGAGCCGAUCCCCGGAGAGUCGCCCAAGAUGUACGGCCGCCAUUUUGAAGCCACCGACAUAAUCGUCAGCAAGAUCACGCGAGCUUCCAUCGACGCCCUGAAGAACUGGUUCAGAGAAGAGAUGCAGAAGUCGGACUGGCAGCUGAUCAUGGAGCUAAAGAAGACCUUCGAGAUCAUCUGAGGAGACGCACACAGACACAAAAACACACACUUCCUCCCUGGGCAGCAGCGGAGGGACAAAAAUAAAGAAAAAAAACUGAGAAAAGACGUGAAAGUGUUUUUCUGAGAAACGGACGGUCGCAUUUCACACUCAGUAUUCCAACGUGCCUGUUCUUCAGCAUCGACGUUGUUCCGAUUGUUUUUUUUUUCUUCUUCUUGUUCUUCGCUCUGAUUCGUGGCUGCUGCUGCUUCCUGUCCCAGGCUCCGCCCACUUCCUCCCCAGACCGGGGCGAGGCCAGCAGGUGCAUUGUGGGAUUGAUCUCAGCACCACUAGGAGUUCUUCUUUCAGAUCGGCGGCGGCGACUUUGUGGACUUGGAAGAUUUGACUUUGACUCGGAAGGCGGGCGGGAGAAAGACAGAGGAGAUUUUAAAACUGUUUUUGCUGCAAGUGCUGAUGUAAUAAAUCCCAUGAUUCUGACGAAA